CCUCAGCUGAUAGCUGGGCGGACCAGUCUGGGAAGAGCGUGUCUCGCAUGCACACACAGUAGCGCAGGGCCCUCGCUACAGACCAGCGAUCCGCGCCAUCUAGGAAUCCACUGGACCACCUGCUGCUCGUCUUGUGAAGACCAGGCCGCCAAAGACUGCCCGACCAUGCCUAGCGCCGUGCGCUGGGCGCUGCUCCACCGGCAGGUGUCGGCGCUAUCCGCCCCCGCCGCCGCCUCCGGCGCCGCCCCCGCCAGGAGGCGCUUCUGCAUCAUCACGCCGACGCCGCCCCUGCCGCGAGCACCGCCGCCCCCGCGGCCCACGGCGCUCCUGGAUCUGCACCGCUCGCUGGGAGCGCGCCUCGUCGACUUCGCGGGCUUCCUGCUGCCCGUCUCGUACCGCGACCAUCCGGACCCCGCCGCCCACCUGCACACCAGGCGUCACUGUUCGCUGUUUGACGUCUCCCAUAUGAUGCAGACCGAGGUGCGCGGCAGGGACCGUGUGGCGCUGGUGGAGCGCCUGACUCCGGCCGACGUGCAGUCGCUGCCCGACAACGCGGCCGCGCUGUCCGUCUUCACCCACCCACACACGGGGGGCGUGCUGGACGACCUGGUCGUCACCAAGACGGCCCUGGGCUACCUGCACCUCGUCUCCAACGCCGCGCGCCGCGACCAUGACCAGCAGCUGCUCAGGGAUGCAGAGGCGGAGCUGCGCGCGGCUGGUCUGGACGUGGAGGUGCGGUUCCUGGAGCCCUCGGAGAUGUCGCUGCUGGCGCUGCAGGGCCCGGAGUCGGCGGCGGCGCUGCAACCCUGUGUGGACGUGGACCUGUCGGCGCUGGGGUUCAUGCGCUCCACGCUGGCCACGGUGUGUGGCGUGCCCCGAGUGAGGGUGACUCGCUGCGGCUACACGGGGGAGGAUGGCUUCGAGCUCUCCGUGCCCUCCGCCUCUGCCACCCAGGUGGCCCAGAAGCUGCUCGCGUCCAGGAAGGUUCCCGUCAGGCCGGCGGGGCUCGGCGCCAGGGACUCACUCAGACUGGAAGCUGGACUCUGCCUGUACGGGUCCGACCUGGAUGAGACGACGACGCCUGUGGAAGCUGGACUCUCGUGGCUGAUUGCUAAGAGACGGCGAGCUUCGGCGGACUUCCCCGGCGCCGGCGUGAUCCUGGAGCAGCUGCGCUCUGGGCCCCCGAGGAGGCGCGUGGGGCUGCGCUGGGAGGCUGGACCGCCAGCGCGCGCGGGGGCGGCGGUGGUGGCCGCCCUCAGCGACGCCGCCCCGGCGCAGGUGGGCCGCGUCACCAGCGGCUGCCCGUCGCCCUCGCUGGGCGGCAGCGUCGCCCUCGCCUAUGUGGACUCGCAGUACUCGAGGCCCGGCACAUCGCUGGCUGUCCAGGUGCGCGGCCGCGACGUGCCUGUAGAGGUGUGCCGGCUGCCAUUCGUGCCGCACCGCUUCUACAAGAAGGACCAGCAGUAGAGUGUACCCACAACCUGGAGUCUCAAACAGCUACGCUUUCUCGACACCAACCCUCAAGACAUUUCUAGAUCCAUUGCCUCAGUCACCAUCAGCCAACGAAUCUCACAAUCUUUGGAUGUGCAAAUAACUGCUAUGGUCAACACCAGGAACCCCCCUCUGGUUGCCAGACGUCCCAGCCAGCUACGAUGUCUUUCUGGUAGUGGGACUGAAGAGAUUUCAGUUCCCGUCACCUCAGCCACCAUCGAUCAAUCCCAGUGUUUUGACAAGUAACACCUAAGCAGUCACCAGUAAAUCCACUGUUCAACAGCUGAACUCUCUUCUGACUGCCUGGUGUCUCAAGCUGCUAUAUUUUGUGCACCACAGCUGAAGUUUCUACAUUCACCUGCUAAGUCAUGAUCAGCCAAUGAAUAUCUUAGUCUUUCAACAAGCAGCAGCUCAGUAAUCAGCCAGUAACUUCAGUGCUCAACGCCAGGACUCUGAUCUGGCUGCCUGGCGUCCCAACCAUCCAAUACCUGGUGUGAAGACGCUUAUGUAUCCAUCAUGUCAGCUAUCAUCAGUCAGUAAACCUCUCAGUCGUUAGACAAGUAGCACCCCGGCAGUAACCAGUAAAUGCAGUGGUCAGCAGCUGAAUGCUCUUCCGGCUGCCAGCUAUAUUCUGACGCCAGGGCUGAAAACGUUUCUACAUACACCUGCUAAAUCAUCAUCAGCCAAUGUAUCGCUCACUGUUUUGACACACAUCAUCUAAACAUUCACCAGUAAAUCCACUGUUCAACAGCUGAAAUCUAUUCUAGCUUCCUGGCAUCUCAAGCUGCUAUAUUCUGGCACCACAGCUGAAGACGUUUCUACAUCCACCUGCUAAAUCAUCAUCAGCCGAUGAAUCGGUCACUGUUUUGGCACACAUCACCUUAGCAGUCUCCAGUAACUGCAAUGGUCAACAUUUGGACUAGCUUCUGGACCAAUGUGUCUCAACCAGCUUGAAUAUCAUUUGCUUUCUGACCCCUAGACUGAUGGUGAUGCUACAUCCAUCAGCUCAGUCAUCUUCAGUUAAUGAACCUCCAACUGCUUUGACAAGCAUCGACUCAGCAAUCACCAAUAGCUACAGCUAACGACCUUUCCUGAAGCAUCACCUCAACCAUUAGUAUUCGUUAAAUGUAUUGAUGUUUUUUCAGUGAGUUUUACCUUAGCCAUCAGCUUAUCGCAACCCUACAUAUUGGCCAACUAUGUCUUUUGAUGAAACUUGGUGCUGAAUUCUACCACUGGGGCUGAUAAUAUAUCUACAGCUCAAUUCUGGCACCAGGACUGAAGACGUUUCUACAACCACCUGCUAAGUCAUCAUCAGCCAAUGAAUCGCUCACUGUUUUGGCACACAUGACAUUAGCAGUCACCAGUAACUGCAAUGGUCAACAUUUGGACCAGCUUCUGGACCAGUGCAUCUCAACCAGCUACGAUAUCAGCUGUUUUCUGACACCUGAACCGAUCGUGACUCUACAUCCAUCAGCUCAGCCAUCUUCAGUUAACGAAUCUCCCACUGCUUUGUCAAACAUCACCUCACCAACUACCAGUGGCUACAGCUAAUGAUGUUUCGUAAAGCAUCAUCUUAUCCAUUAAUAUUAGUUGAAUGUAUUGAUGGUUUCUCAAUCACCGGCUUCUCACAACCCUAGAUAUUGACCAGGUACAUCUUUUGAUGAAACUCGGUACUGAAUUCUACUACUGGGGCACACGAUGUCUCUACACCUAUCAGUUCGUCAGUCCAAAGAUGUUACUACAACAUCAUCUCAUCAAACAUCAAUGAAGUGGAGGAGAAAUGCACCCAUAAUAAUGCUUAUGUAUAUAUAUAUAUAUAUAUAUAUAUAUAUAUAUAUAUAUAUAUAUAUAUCACAUCGCAAGUAUCACUGAAAUGUAAUUCAAACUGAGUUCUUACUGAGGGUGCUGUACUCAUCUAAUUGAGCUAUUUCGAUACCAGUACAAAUCUUUAAUCAAAACCUACAUGUCUCCUCAGCCUUUCCUGUUUCUUCGUUAUUUAUUAUUUCAGUGUCAUCUUCAACUGCACUAUUUCAUACUUCAACUCUGUAACUAAUUCACAAUUUCUUUUUCUGGCUCCAUGUCUCUGACUACUGAUUUCCUUCUUUCUCUCGUUAUUUGCUGUCCAUAUAUCUGUGCUAAUGGAAUUACACCUUCAGUAUAUGAAACAAAAAAAUACGCUAUUUGACAAGAUAUUUAUCAUUUGUACUAUUUCUGUUUAUAAUCGGAUUCAUCUUUGCAUCAAGCUAUAUAGUCAUUCUAAGUAGAUACUUUUCACUUCUCUUACUGCCUUUUGCAGUGCAGAUCUUCAUCUGCUCAUCAUUGUAGUUUCUUCUAAUCUGAGCUUUGGACUGACUAUUUUCCUUGAGCUGCACUUCCUGCGUACCAGUUCUCCUACAUCUUCUUCCCGUUCUUCCAGGGUGACAUCACCAUAAUUGCAACCUUCAUACUUCUACAUUACUGUUACAACUCCAUUUCUUUUCCACAACAGAUCUUCAAUGGUAGGCGUAAUAUAAGCACCUGUCCUUUGCACCAUUUUGUCCUUUUGUCUGUGUGCACAUAUUAUUACCACAUUUCAUUUUCUAACAGUUCUUCCUCUCUGUUGCUGUCGAAGUUGCAUGUACAGUACAGUUGGUUUGAGUUACAAGGUUGAGUUCUUGAAGUCUCUCUUCCGUUAGUAAUGCAACUGUGAGAAUUUCACUGCAAUAUCAUUCCUUUUACUGACAUCAAAUACAUCGUCUCAUAAAAUAUUUUAAGCCUUCCCUUUGCUCCUUAUUUCAGUCAGCGGUUAACAAGCGUGACACGCCUUAACGAAACCUGAAGUGCAAGCCCACACCUGGCAACAAACCUUUUGUACCUUUACAUAAAUAUAGUGAUUUCUCUCGAAAUCUGUGUGAUCAAAUACUUCAAACAAAGAUAGAGCUGUUUUAUAUUAUUCGGUGUUACUCACAGUGAAUGUAUUUUUUUCAUAAGUUCACCUGGAUUUUCUGCUGGUGACUGAAUCAUUGAAAUUACAGAACUCUGCAGCCACAACUAUUCGUUUAGAGUUUCAAAAGCACCGUACUUUCUGUGAUGUCGUGUGAUGAUAUUAGUCUGUGAAUGUUGGAAGAUGAAGGGGAUCCUAAUAAGUUGCGAAACCCAAUAUUGAAUGUGCUUGCCACAAUUAGAUACCACAGGUGGAAAGGUGCAUCUGCAAGAAUUUGCAGAUGGUAUCUCAAAACAGGACAAUGUUAAUGGGACAAUCUGAAAACGAUACGUCACGAAAAAUGUGUGAUGACUGAUAUUUACUCUGUGUUAUUUGCCAGAAUUCUAUUUUUUAUAUCAUUGUAAUUUUGGUCAAAAAGAAAUAAAGGUAUCAGCAUAAUAGUAGUCAAACACAA